CUGAGAUGCUCCCACAUGCAGGACGCGAGACCACAUGCAGUCACAGUGAUGAUGAGUCUCUGGUAGCACGCAGACCCGCUCUCAAGGUUGCAGACUUGGCCAGCUUUCAUCAGCACACAACGAAGACACGACGAAGCGCUCGGACAGUCGGACUUGGCUUCAGCAGCGCCACAGCCAUCAUACUUCAAUGCGACCUCCGUACUCGUCAGCAAUUGCGUUCUUCGCACGUGUCUCCGGCUUGAUUUUUUUUUACUCGUCCCCGAAUUCUGCGAAGGAGACAGAAUCCUUGUCUUGCUUUUCCUUCUCCUUGCUUUCCCAACAGACAUGAGCAGAUCCACACCACAGCUUGUCGACCUUCGCUCGCUGAGAUAAACUUUCCCCCAAUUAUCGCAGCUAUCGGUCGCCCGUGCGGAACUGUCACUCCAUGUCGCGUGGUCUACUUCUCCUUCUGCCAGCCGACUGCCUAUCAACCGAGGGCUUCUGAGACAGGAUUUUGGACUCUUCUAGUUUUUGGAACCCCUUUUUGAUCCGUUGCACGCGAGUCACGAUGCUGCCAUGGAGCUCUGUCUUCUCGGAGAAUGUUAGCGCCACCCUCCACAUGAUUGAAUCUUGGAUCUCAUCCAUGUUUUUCGUCCUCUUCCUGAUCACCAUCGGGCCGUGGUUCGCUUUUCUCAUAUACGACGUCAUCCUCUACGUCUUCCGGACCAUUACUUAUGAGAUACCCAUUAUUGGUGGUAGGGCACGCGGUAGGGAGAGACCGCGUGCGCCGAGUCUGAAAGAACGUGCUACAGGCGACCCCAGAGUCAUGGGCAUUGGUGUCCCCGCUGCUACCUAUGUCGAACAAGAAGACGUGGAGGAGGAAGGGCGACACUCGACUGUUGAAGUUACGUCAAACGACGAAGAGGAUGAAGAGGCGGAAAUAAGACCACCGGAACAUGAUACAAGCGAAACAAUCCAUCACACAGAUGAAAGACCGAAAAAUGAACUUUGCGAGCCAACAGAGCUGAGCGACGCGCAAAAGCAGAUCGGAGAAGACGAGGAAGUGGGCACGACAUCGCAGCAAGUUGAUAUAGGUGGCAGAGAAGAGGGGGAGCGGUGGCCAGAAGUGAACACGAGGCGCAGAACGGUGUUUACGGGCAAUGACGAUCAAAUUUGAUGCUGUAGUGGCCUUCAUCUGCCCAGAAUGGCGAUACGAUCCAUGUGUGUCGCAGUCCUAUCCCCCUACCAAUGUUCACAGGCGAGAAGAGAUACCCCUCCCCCACCCACCACCUUCAGCGCUGGACGCGCUUAAGCAGUCCUGUGUAUAGCGCUACGACUUUGACAUGACGGAGGUUUGGAUUCUUGGGUGUUGCGACUUCAUUAGCAUUGCCCGCUUCGAAGUCAACAUCUUGACACCACGGGUGCAAGCUAGUCCCCAAAUCCUUCAGCGUACAUGUACAUGCAUGUUCCCGCACUUGACGAGACUCAUCGCGCUUUUGUUUUUUUUUAUCAUUAAAUCAUCACAAACGUGCUCAUUCUGUCUCGCUCUCCUGCUCAGAAGGACCCGGCUGUCUUGACGUGGUCGGGCGACUCGUUGAA